AUGUCCAACGAGAUCUUCCAAAAGCUCUACGAAAGCUCCAAGCUCCUCGUUUCUUCCAACAAUCAGGAUCAGGUGCCGGUCCUUCAACGUGGACUUGACCAAAUCGAUACGGAGACGCGACGAUUGUUUGGGAAGCACAAGACCGAUCAGGAACAAAAAGCCAAUGCGCAUUACUUUUUGGCACAGAACGGCAUCAACAGCCACGACUUGACGCAACAACUCGAGUCCAUUGACACCAGCCGAAUCUUUGAACCAGCAGAUACGAUCACGGACACUGAUGUCGAGAAAUACUUGCAGCAGGCUCAUGAACACAUUAUCAUUGAAACGAUUGAGGAAUGCAGAGAGAGCACAUGCGAUGAUUUCGAGGAAUUGAAUGAUAACGUGAUGCAAGGCAACUGGAAAAACGCACAACGUCGCAUUUUGGAAGAAUGGGAUCAUCAUCAGGACACGGGGAUGUUUACACGCGACGACAAGUUUAUGGGGAUUACUAUGACACCCGCUUUUCGUAAACGUGUUGAUGACUAUGCCGACAUCAUUGGCAAGUUGAACGAUGCCCGGAUCAAGAAUCAACCAUACCCGCUCAUUGAUAAUCUCAGCCAGCUAUCCAAACCAUCAGAUCCAACACGGGUGCAGGAUCGUGCUAUGGAUGCUUGGCAAUUGGUGAAUGAUUUGGCAUCUGAAGCUAGCCGAGCUGGUCUUGAUCAACAUGGACCAUUGCAAGUACCUCCUACAAAUGCCUUCUCUAUCAACUUAUGCAAGGCGCUUAUUGAUACAUCAAAACGCUGGCUUGAAAAACAGUUUGUACAAUAUGUGGAUGAGGUGCUCUACAAGAACGCACGUGAGACCCAAGUGGGAGGCGUGCCAUCUCCUAUUUUACGCAUCAAGGCAUUCAUGAACUAUGUCUUUCGCAAGAAUUCAGGCUGGACUGAUCCACGAUUCGAGGUUGUCAACGACACACCCAUCUGGACAUAUGUAUAUCUCCUUGUUCGCAGUGGUCAUGAAAAGCUUGCCCUGAAAUACGUUGAAAAGAAUGAGCAGCUCUUUGAUACCGAGCCACGCUUCCGCCAUUACUUUAGAGAAUAUGUAGACUCACCUGAGAAGCGCUUACGAAAACCCACUCGAGAUGCUGUAUUGGCCGAUUACCAACGACUAGAAUAUGGUCAACAAAGCGUGGAUCCUUACAAGCUCAUUCUUUACAAGAUCAUUGGACGAUGCGAAUUGAACAAAAAGAGCCUACCAGAUGUGGUGGCCACCACCGAAGAUUAUGUUUGGUUGCAGCUUUCGUUGGUGCGUGAAAGUGCAGGAGGUGAAGAGUCGGCUUAUGAGCAGUAUCGUUUGAGUGAUCUUCAAUCCAUGAUGGUCAAGUUUGGCUCCAAACGUUUCGAUCCCAAUGGUAGCAGUCCCUGGAACUAUUUCAAGGUGUUAUUGUUGACAUUACAAUUUGAACGGGCUGUCAAUUACCUCUACAAGAAUGAAAAGUGUCGCUUGGAUGCAGUUCACUGUGCUAUUGCUCUUGCAUAUACCGGACUUUUACGCAUUCCAGAUGAACCAUUGACGGCAAGCAUUGAUCUUUAUAUAGUAAUCAUUGGCGAUGAUGGCCGAGCAAGCUUCAAUUUUGCACGUCUUAUAUACCAGUACAUCCGCGUCUUUUCGACCAGCAACCCCCAAAGCUCAUUGCAUUACAUCUAUCUCUUGACACUCUAUGCCAAACGCCAAUGGUACGAUUCCGACGACAUGUUCACUCUAUGCUAUCAAUAUAUUCGUGGCCUAGUACUCAGCAGCAAAGAACCAAAUAUCAUCCUCGGAAAGACAUCAACGUCACUUGGCCGACAGGAUGGUUUGAUCGACCGACACAAAACACUAAUCGGGAUCACGAAUGAGCACAAAUAUGUGGAGGCGAUUUUGAUGCCCAUUGCCGAAAAGUACAGCCAAGAAGGCCGAUACAUGGAAGCUGUCUCCGUAUACGAGUUGACCUCAGAUUACAACAAGGUGGCUGAUAUUCUAAACAAGCAACUCGGCGACGCAUUACAACAACCACGUACGGCUGAUCGGGAUCAAACGAUUGAACAUCAAACAAGUUCGGAUGAGGAGCUUAUCAACUUUUCUAUCAACACGUUGAGGAGUUAUGAGCAGCAACAGCAUAUUGGCAUGUUCAUCAAGGAAUCCAAAAAGAAUACAGCCAUUAUUCUCGUCAGCCUUUUGAGAUGUCGCAGCCUAUACGAUAGUGGAGCAUAUGAGCAGGCGUUACAGAUCAUUCGUGAAACCGAGGUUAUUCCCUUGCAAGACAACUUUGCAGUCAUCCAGCGAGCAGCCGAUCGAUUUAAUCACAUUGACGACGCCAUCAGCAAAAACAUGCCGGACAUGCUGCUCAUGGUUACCGACAUGCUUUAUAAGCUAUGGACCACUUUUACUGGGCCCCAGAUGGCCAUGCAACCAGCGGCGAAACAGACGAUUUCCAUUAUUGAAGAGAAUAUUCGUGCCAUUCUUGCAUUUGUGGGUAUGAUUCAAUUCAAGAUGCCCGCUGAUACCAUUACAAAAUUGAACCGAGCUGAAAUGAUCAUCACUGGCCAGCGGCAUCAUUGA